AAAAAGAAUGGUUCAAUUGUUCUUUUGCAAAGAAAUCCAAUGCCAGCUUCCUCCAUCAGUUGCGUUGAGCUGAAUCUCAAUGUUGAAGAGACCGGUGACUUGAGCAGGAACAAUUGAAGCCUUUCUCGCAGUUUGGCAGUGAUUUCUCAGGCAACUGAGAGGAGUCUUCUGGAACUGGAUAUGGUGAUUGAAGCCAUGAAACUUGUCACUGCCGGAGUCAGUUCACUUCAAUUCAAGAACAGUCAAAUCUUCGGGACGUGUAUGAAUAGCUCCCAUGCCCUUCCCAUGCAAAGCAAAAGUUUAGUUUUGAAUCCGUUGGUUGUUCGAGCGUCAUCUAGGGCCAAUACUCGAACAGAGAAUGCCAAGAUUCGUAACAGAAGAUUUAGAAAAAAGUAUAAUGGCACGCCGACAAGACCAAGGCUUUCGGUGUUCUGUUCACACAAACAGCUGUAUGCUAUGCUGGUAGAUGAUCAAAAUAAGAAAUGUUUGUUUCAUGGGAGCACUCUGCAAGAAUCAAUCCGUGGAGACCCCCCUUGCAGCACCAUUGAAGCAGCUAAACGUGUCGGUGAAGAGCUUGUGAAGACUUGUAUAGAUCUUAACAUCAAUGAGAUUUCGUCUUACGAUCGCAAUGGUUUCGCUCGGGGUGAAAGAAUGCAAGCUUUUGAGACCUUUGUUUCCCAGCAUGGUUUCUUGCCAUGAUAAAUCUAUCAUUUGCAUUUCUUUUCUUCUUUUUUCCCCCUUUUUUUUCUUUCAGACCCUUAGUUUUUACAAGUAUAUAUCUUACUACUCCGUAAUAAAAAUAAUACAUUUUAUCUCAUACUAACUCCAUCUUUAAAAACUUUGCUAAUUUUGAUUUUCACAAAAUUUAAAAAAGGAUUGAAGAAUGU